AUGCGCGGUACCAUCUGCUUAAUAUCAGACUGUGAAUGUUUUUGCUCUGUUUCUGGAGUGCCGCCGCUCCACGCCGCCACUGCGGUACUUGACCAUCUCCUGCCGACGUACGACCCUAAGUCGCCUGACAAAUCCAACGUGUCCCAGUCAGCCUCCUCCACUCUAGUCAAUGGGUUACUACUCGACGGAGACGAUGUAGACUCUACCGCAUUUUUUGUCGCGAUCUGUCCGUACAGGACCGCAGAUGACGGGACAAUAAUUCCCUACACCCAGGCGGACGAUGACGACCCUCACAUUCUUUCCGUGAAGAAGCACCCGAAUGACUCGAACAUCACCGAGGUGUUCGAUGUCUUUCCUCAUCACAUGGCUUCGACGGGUGUGUACGAAGAUGAGGAUGGCGUGGAGUAUCGCAGCACCCCCAAGGGCACUGCGUUACUGGUCACCUACACCUCCUACCUCAUCCUCAAGCAAGCAGCGCCUCUCGUUGAACCGCACAUGCUCUACGCGCUCGGAUUCCCCUCGGACGGUCGAAAGACGAACGGCCAGCUCGACGGGAUUUCGUACGGUCCCGUCGACUACAUAUCUGGGAACUCCCCUCGCUGGAUCCAAAUUUGCAGCAUGGACGAGCACGAGGACGCUCUUGCCUUCUGGUUCCACCUGCUCACGCAGCCAGGCAAGACGGACUCCGAGAUUCUCGACGCCGCGUGGCGGGGGCGGGGGAACCUGUGGGCCUUCGUCCGCCCCGACCGCUUCCCAAUCGCUGAGACGCUCGCUACGCCGCCUCUGGCCGACUACCCGUGCGGGGACGACGACCCCAACGCGUGUCCCGGCGGACCGCCAUUAGACGUCAUCCUCCACAUCUGCGAGUUCCUACCGAUCCAUGCAAUCUAUGCUGUCCUUGGGACGUGUAAGCGCGUCCGCGCACAGGUACUCCCACAUGUCGACGGGAUUGCGCGUCGGCGGCUGGUCGAGGAUGAGCCGUGGUUUCUCCCCGCUGGGCCGUUUGAGUUCAAGAAGAAGAGCCAUGGGCGGGAGGAGGUCGAUUGGUGGGCGAGAGAGUGGGGGAAAGGAGGGAUCGCGAGGAAGGAUUUGGACAUGAGGAUUCCGUGGUUUUUGUACCGCCGGGAAUGUAGUCGAAGCCUAAGCAUGUGGAAUCGGAGGAGGAUAUGGGGAGUCGCGAGGCAGAUUGAGGAUUUAGCGAGGAGUAAAGGGCUUCUGUAG